AUGCAAAGCGAUAAUCAUAGGCGCCGCAGACCGUCGUACCUGGUCCGACAAGAUGAAAUUAAGCGUCUCAAGGUACAGUUGCGAAAGCUUCAACAGGAGAUAAAUCGGCUUCAGGCUCGUCCACGUAGUGUCAAAUCUCAAAUUUUAGACGUCACAAGGGCCAACACUUCUCUCCGCGAGAUAAUAUAUGGUCAGCAGCUGGCUUUGGCUGGGACUUAUUCUACGUUAGCCGGUAUGCAGGAGAAGCUGACGGGAAGUCCAUUGUGUAGACCUGUCCACCUUCCACGAGAAACAUUGAAGCGACGCCAAGUACUUUUAAGUCUCAAGAGCGACAUGAUCUCAAGAGGCUGUCAGUAUGUAGUAGCACGUAGUCAGUAUUUGGAUCUUAUGAAGCCUCAGCUCAUGGACCGUCGAUACGAAGAUGCUCAGGGCAAUUUUUGCUGUGAGAGGUUCGAGUUUUUUCACUUUACUGGCGUCCAGUCGAUCAAGCAAGUUUUUGAAGCUAUCAAAUAUUUCAUGUUUAAUAUGGAAAUUACAAUCUCCGAAGCUUUAGGACAUACAACAGUACGUGAGGAUUAUGAUACUGUGGAUGACGGAGCGUCUAUUUGGAAUUAUCGAUUGUUGUCGACUGAUAGUCAUGGAAUUACGUCGGAAGUAAACAAAGUCGUGCUGACUGAGUAUUUUGACAAGUUGACGGAAAUGGGGGAUGAGUCUUGUGCUGUCGUAGUCACAGAUAGUGUCGAUGUGGAUGCAUUGUAUCCGUAUUAUCCACACGAAAGGGUGCGAAGAGAUAUCAGUGCCACAACUGUGUUGACAAAGAUGAAGUGCAUGCGAUCAAUGUCGAACGCGAGCGAGCAGCAAAUUUGCACAGGAACGAAGGUUUUCUCUCCAGAAAGGAAUUCGAAAAAUGAAGUCGACGAAGAAAUUGUAGUUGUGAUGCAGCGUGCUGCGUUUUUGAAAUUGCACAAACCUGAGUUUGAGAUAUCAAAAAGUGCCAUGAGAUCGCUAAAAGAAGGAAUUGCUAGCUGGGGGGAGGUUGAGGUGCAGUCAAUACGACGGGCUGUCAAUGCUUGA